UCGCUCCUCUCUCUCCACUGUAGAAGGGAAACAGACGAAUGAGGCUGAGCUUCACAUUUGAGCGGCAGAGCUCAGAUCUCACCGGGAUAAACUCACCGACGAGAGGAGAAGUUGCAGAAGCGCUGCGUAAAGACGCGCGUAAAGACUUAUCCAAGACUACAGUUUAAUCAAGAGGGGACUCUGAACUGCGGGGCACGUCCUUAUCUCUAUCAAUCUUUUUCUCUCAUUCUCUCGCCACAUCGAACUCUUUCCAACAUUUUUCAGAGCGACAACGGACAGGUUUUAUACUCGCGCAAAAUCCACUUUCUCGCUCCAUGUUUGGUUUUCUUUCUCUCCGUGGAUUUGGUGUUCUGAGCGGCUGGCUGCAGUGGACUUUGCCCAGGGGAUCACAGCUCCUUCCUCCGGUCACCAGGAGAAACCCGGCAGCUGUCGUUUAUGUUCCAGGGGGCUGUUUUUGAUGGAUUUAUAAGCUCAACUUGGUUUUCAUCCGGAUACACACAACAGCAAGAGACCCGCUCACAGACUGCUUUGGAAACGGAUACGGCGGAGAUACCGGAGCUCCAAAUGAGGAUUUCAAUAUUCACUCGUAUCACCCGGGACAAGGAGUGAUUUCCCCCUGGUGCCAGUGAUCACUGUGAGACAGACCAGGAGGAAAGGAUCAAGAUUUAGAGACAUUGUGGGUUUAUGACGUUUCCAAUGCCACAGACCGGAGUGUGAGGCCACACUAGGAGCAUUUCUACCUUUUAACCAUAAAACACACGCGUCAAGUCAAGAAGAUGGCAAGGGUCUGCACGUUUUGCGUUCUCUUGCUCUGUUUGAUGGACAGAAUCUCUGCCAGGGCCACUGACGAAGGAAGAACUAAAGAUCUUCGGGUCUCUAGGCCUCUGAUCAUGCCAGGUUACCCAGAAAACACCACAGGGGUGGUCGGUGAUCAGGUGAAGCUGGUGUGUAAAGUCCACCGGCCGGCAUCCACCAAGGUUCAGUGGCUGAAGACGGAGGUCAGCACACUGGGACAGAGCCAGGGAGGACCGCCACGCCUCAGGGCUCUGACGGCCCUGCAGAGCAACACGUCCAAGGUGAACAUUUUGCAUCUGUCCAACAUCACUCUGGAUGACGCAGGAGAGUACAUCUGCAUGGCUGAGAACACCCAUGCAGGAAAGACAGUACAGACCAUGCAGUCGGCGUGGCUGGAGGUCCUGCCUGGUACCAUUAUUUCCCGCACUAUGGACCUGACUGUUGCUGAAAUCCCACCAGAUGUUCUUGAGGACCUAAAUGAGGACACCACAGAACAUCUUCUGUUAGAGCCGGGCAAUGUCCUGAAACUGCGCUGCGACAUGAGCACUCGGCCCGGCAUGGCGGUGAACUGGUACAAGGAAGGAUACCGGGUUCUCCCCACUCCCCGCAUCCAGAUCCGCGGCACCAUCAUGGAGAUCACAGACGUAACAUACGAGGAUUCGGGCACUUAUGUUUGUGUUCUCCGGGGAACCAAAGAUCCUAUAAGGAACUUUACCAUCACUGUGGCAGACUCCUUGGGGUCGGGGGACGAUGAUGAGGAUAACGGCUUGGAGGACUCAUCAGCUGAGAUCGAAAACGACCAGGUUUACUUCUCCAGAGGUCCCUACUGGACCCACACCCAACGAAUGGAGAAGAAGCUAUAUGCUGUUCCUGCAGGCAACACAGUGAAGUUUCGUUGUCCAGCCAUGGGCAGCCCCAUGCCAAGCAUCCGCUGGCUCAAAAAUGGUCGUGAAUUUAGAGGAGAGCAUCGCAUCGGAGGCAUCAAGCUGAGACACCAGCACUGGAGCCUGGUAAUGGAGAGCGUCGUGCCUUCAGACAGAGGAAACUACACCUGCUUAGUGGAGAACAAGUAUGGCUCCAUUGCUCAUAGCUACGUCCUCGAUGUGUUGGAGCGUUCCCCACACAGGCCCAUAUUGCAGGCCGGUCUGCCAGCCAACACCACAGCAGUGGUGGGCAGCGACGUCCAGUUCCACUGUAAGGUCUACAGCGAUGCCCAGCCUCACAUUCAGUGGCUCAAACACAUAGAAAUAAAUGGCAGCCGCUAUGGUCCUGAUGGGACACCCUACGUUCGAGUCCUCAAGACCGGCAGUCUGAACAUGUCAGAGGUGGAGGUCCUAUACCUGUCCAAAGUUACCAUGGAGGAUGCAGGAGAGUACACUUGUCUGGCUGGAAAUUCAAUCGGAUUCGCUCACCAGUCCGCCUGGCUCACAGUCCUCUCAGAAGAGGAAGCAGCAGAUGCUAUGGACACCAUGGAGACCAAGUACACUGACAUCAUCAUCUACGCCUGUGGUUUCCUGGCUCUGAUCAUGGCCAUCGUCAUCGUGGUGUUGUGUCGAAUGCAGGUCAACCCCAGAAGGGAGCCGUUUGAUGCUCUCCCUGUCCAGAAGCUCUCCAAGUUUCCUCUUCGUAGACAGUACUCGGUGGAGUCUAACUCAUCAGGAAAGUCCAGUGCGUCGCUAAUGAGGGUGGCUCGCCUCUCAUCCAGCUGCUCUCCGAUGCUGGCUGGAGUCAUGGAGUUUGAGUUGCCCUAUGACCCGGACUGGGAGUUCCCGAGGGAGAAUUUAACAUUGGGCAAACCUCUAGGAGAAGGCUGCUUCGGUCAGGUGGUCAGAGCUGAGGCCUACAGCAUCAACAAGGACUGUCCUGAUGUCUCCACCACUGUGGCAGUUAAGAUGCUCAAAGACGACGCCACAGACAAAGAUCUGGCAGACCUCAUCUCAGAGAUGGAGUUGAUGAAGGUGAUGGACAAACACAAAAACAUCAUCAACCUGCUUGGAGUCUGCACACAGGAUGGCCCUCUGUAUGUGCUGGUGGAGUACGCCUCCAAAGGCAGUCUGAGGGAGUACCUGCGGGCCCGGCGACCUCCAGGCAUGGACUACACCUUUGAUGUGACCAAGGUGCCUGAAGAGCAACUCACCUUCAAAGACCUGCUGUCCUGCGCUUACCAGGUGGCCAGAGGGAUGGAGUACCUGGCCUCCAAAAGGUGUAUUCACAGAGAUUUGGCAGCCAGAAAUGUUCUGGUGACGGAGGACAACGUGAUGAAGAUUGCGGACUUUGGCCUGGCCAGAGGAGUCCACCAGAUCGACUACUACAAGAAAACCACCAACGGACGGCUACCGGUGAAGUGGAUGGCACCAGAGGCUUUGUUUGACAGAGUCUACACACACCAGAGCGACGUGUGGUCGUUUGGCGUACUGAUGUGGGAGAUCUUCACACUGGGCGGCUCACCGUACCCUGGUAUCCCUGUCGAAGAGCUCUUCAAGCUGCUGAAGGAAGGACACCGCAUGGAUAAACCCUCCAACUGCACACAUGAACUCUACAUGAUGAUGCGCGAGUGCUGGCAUGCUGUUCCCACCCAGAGACCGACCUUCAAACAGCUGGUGGAGGAGCUGGACAGAGUGCUGCUGUCCAUCUCUGACGAGUACUUGGACCUGUCGACACCCUUCGAGCAGUACUCACCGUCAUGUGAGGACACGUCCAGCUCCUGCUCCUCUGACAACGACUCUGUUUUUACCCACGAUGCCUUGUCCACCGACCCAUGCCUCCUGGGCUACCAGGAUGUGCUACCCCGGAUAGACAUGAAGACGGCGCUCCGAUAGACACACAACUAAAGGCACCAUACACAGACACAGACAUGAACGCUAUGAAUGGGAAGCACUACUUGAAGUUUUCAAGUAAUGUAACACAUUCACUGGCGGCCAUAUUGGAGGUCCACAGCUGCAUUUCUAAAGUUAAGUUAAAGUUUUUAUUCUCGUGAAGUUUUCCAUUGGACCUCCAUUAUGGCACCGGACAGAGUCCUUAGAUAUAGGCGGGCAUUUAUACACACACACACACAGACACACUUGUAUGCACAUAGAGCACUGAGGCCGGUAGGCUUCAUUACAUGGUAAAGGUUUGAAGGAAAACAUUUCAUCGUGGGCAGGAGAACGAGCAGAAGAAAAAGAGGACAAACAAAAUGUGGUACUUUGGACUAUCAGCUCUGGCACUCAAGAACUGUUGUAACGUUGGAAAAAUGCGGCACUAAACACAACAGAAGAGACCCUAGUACUCAAAAUGCCUCGAAGUGCUUUCUUUGAGCAACUCUCUCAAACUCAACCCAAAACCAGGACUUGAAACCUCAUUGGUAAAGACAUUUUAACAAAAAAAAAAAGAUUUAUUUUGCUAUGAUAAAAAAGAAGAAAGUGAUUGUUAAAUAUAAAUCUCUUUAUAUAAGAUUAUUUUACUUUUGUGUUGCUUAUUUAAAAAGAAAACGGUCUUAAAUCUCAGGAUCUCUUGUGCUAAGAAGAUGCUGUAGUGGCAGCAAAGUGCCUGAAUUUAUGAUUUCCUGUGAAUAUAUUAGAAUAUUAAAAUAUUGUAUGUAUGUAUCACCAACGGAAAGACGAUUGCCUUAUAUAAAUUAUUCUGAAUGACACAAAAAAAUGAAGGUUAUUGGAAGCGAAGAGAAGAAUUUCAAGUGCCAAACCUGUCACAGCUGUCACACUGUCUUUAUGUUCACGUUUCAUUCCAAAAUACCAACAUAUUCAAUUUAGACCAAAAGAUCUCCAAUUAUCUCCCAAAUUUACAAAACACAACAUUGCAGUGACGAACGAGAUGCUGUCAUAAAAUCGGUUUACAUCAGCAAACCAGCUCAUAUUUGAAGUUAUGACCAACUGAGAAACACAAAAUUUGCAUUUCCCAUCAACAACUCAAACCUCAAAUGAAUGUGGUCAAAGAAUUAUGGGUUGGGCUUUUAAAGGUGGCUUAAAGUUGGGAAAUUUUGGAAUGAAUCCCUCCAUUUAUAAUUUUUGGUAAAUUGUUGUAACCUCCAGGCCAAGAAAACAAUUUGUGGUUACAUACCAGAAGGAGCCCAGUACUUGUUGCUGUUGUUGGACGGAAACUUUUUUAGAUCUCACAAGCUCAAAUGCAUUUAAGUUAUAAAAAGAGUUCUGAACAGGUCUCAAAUCCCCAGUGGUUAUUAGAUGGACUCAUUUAUAUAGAUAAACAACCAUGUAAACAUUGAGACAACAUUAUGUGUAGAGUCUUUUCCUACAUGACCGCUUUGUCAGAGACACUGUGUCCAGGGUGGGAAUGGUCCUGAAAGGAGGACUGACAACUCAGCAUAGGGAGUCUGUUGGGGAGCUGGCCCAAGCCCACUGUCAUUGCUGACAAGGAGAGGAGAGCGGGGGGGCACUGAAUGAGAAAGCCAGUGUGAUUGAUUUCAAAUAGAGGAGAAGGGGGAGGGACACUCCUUUGUCUGGAAGUAACCCUUCACCCAGCCCAAUCUGUUGGUGAGGGGUCCUCAGGUCCGCAGCCUAGCUGGACAAUGAAGGCUUUGCAGGCUUAAUGGGUGUGACUAUGGACCAGAGGGAAUUUUGGGGGUUGGUGGUGUAGGGAUAGCUUGAGCUUGUGUGCAAAUGAAGAGGCUCUUAUUAUGCUAAUGUCUCCUCUUCUCUCCCAAACGCCCCUAUCUUUAUCCCCAAAGACAUCCCCAUCUUUUAAAUUACAAAUCUUAAUUCAGAUUUGUAAUUUAGGCCAGGACCAGCUGCAGAAAAUUCCCCUGUGGGGUAAGAUGCCCAGUAAGUCCCAGUCCACCUCCCAAAUCUGACCACAGACAAAACAACUGAGAAACAAACAGUUGUGUGGAAGGAGAUUUUCACAAAGGAAAUCUAAUUGUAUGAUCAGUUUAUAUAUUUUUCUCCAGAUCUCUGAUUCCUCAAAGGUCAGCCCUGUCAAGACAGUUUGCAAUUGGCACACCUUUGCGUGUCCAAAUUCACCAAAGUUUACCAAACUCUACUCGAAAGCACAGCACAAAUGAGCCUACCCUCCACUGAUUACAGGGAUUCCAAUUGAUUUUGGUCAGGAUUUUGUCUGUUUUAAAUGCAGGUGUCACCUUCAUUUGUUGUAUUGGUCCAUUACUCUUUGGUCCUUUUUUUCUUUCAAGUGUGCGCAAGUUUAAAGAUAAAUGGAGGGUUUCAUUCCAAAAUGCUUUAAAUUGUGGAAAACUAGUCAACCAUUUUGCCAAUGAAGGAUUCAUGUAUCUUUUCUCCUCAUUUGUUUGCAUUUUAUGCUGUCUGUCAUCUUGUGACAGAUGGUGUCACUGAUGAAUAUCUAAUUUUGGAAUGAAGCUCUUACAUUUAAAUACACAAAGUGUCCGGAUACAUUUGCAUCUUUACAUUCCAGUUAUCUGCUCUUCUCCCAGAUACAAACUGUAAACAAUCACAACACUUUCU